UAGGUUUUCGUUUGCAAUCUGAAGUAAGUGUAUGAUUCAAUUAUGGAUUUCUCCGUCCUUCUACAGGACUUGCGAGAUGUCGCGGAGAAAUAUAAAGGAAAAACAACCGAGCCGUCAGUUUCCACCAUUGCAUACGUCGAUAUGUUUACAAAGAUCCUGAAGAGGACCCAGAAGGUUACAGAGGACUAUGAAGAUCAGAUUACGGUGUUGUGGGUGGCGCUUAACCAGUUGUCCACCAUCUAUAAGGACCUCAGCGCUGGACCUGCCAGGGAUAGUCUUUGCAAGUUUGUCUUUGGCAUGUGUGCUCGUGCGGUACUGAACAUUCAGUGGUCGAACCUGGACGAGGACAAUGAAACGAGACAGAAUUUCACGGCCACCGUUCGGAACGUAAACGAUAUCCUGGCACAGCAGGGGUUUGCCAAGUUUGAGGUGAUAUUGGAGUUGAUGGUGAGCCACUGGACACACCCUGUCCUUAGUAAGGUCAUGUCCGGUGAUGACGAAGAGGACGAGGAAGAGGAAUGCCUGGAGUAUAUCAGGUCACAGGACCCAGAAGUGCUGAAGCUACGGAUCGAAAUCAUGAUCAAAGAGAAUUGCGAGGAGUUUGCCCUGAACCUGUGUAACUGGUCGCUGAAGCACCCUGCCCUGCAGCAGAACAACCUCAAGAUCAAGGAGCACCAGAUCUUCAUUCUAUACAAGCAGGGGGAUUACAGCAAGAUGCAAGAAGUGUGUGAGACAGUGGUUUGCCAUGACGGUAUAAAGGUUAUGUCGCACCUUGCCAAGAAUCCGGCCAACCAGGAACUAUGUAUCAGACUGGCACAGGUCUUCCUUAUACAAGACUGGGUGAACCCAGACAGAAAUUGCUGUACACAGGAGUUGUUGAAGCUAUGGAUCCACCAUCAGUAUCUGGCAGACAAGGAUGAAGAGCGCUUCUUGGAGAGCAUAUGGACUGUUGCCAAGGUGUGCAGGGAUACAGAACAGAUCGGCACGCUUAUUGAUGGUGUCAAAAAGGAGUGCGGGGACAUGUUCAUUCAGCUAUACACUGAGCUCUGCAAAUACGCCAUAAACAUCGACAAGGGGAAUUAUGAGAAAGACAGUGCUGCUGGAAAUUUUGCCGAAGCAAAGCAACGCAAACUAGCCCUCUCAAAAACUUGCGUUCGAAUGUCGUUGAUGUUAAAAGAGCAUGACUUCAGAAUGUCGAGGAUCUGUGGUCUCACAGCAUUUACUGUUGAUCCCACAACAGAGAAUUUGAAUCUCGUGAAUAAGCUCUAUUGGACUAUAAAGCAUACUUCAGCAGUGUCGAGAAAUAGUAAAAUCGAUAUAGCAACUCUGUACGAAAUCGAGCGAUUAUUGGGCCAGAUGCGGCCUGAUAGUUUGAAUCCCGAUUAUAGUUGGAAGCAGUUAAUUCCUGUGUGUAAAAAGUUUAAACAGGAUUCAGAUUUGGAACGAAGGGGACUUAAAGUUGAGAAGAAUCUACAAAUCCCGUCGGCAACAAUGACCUCGCCAAAUUUGAAUCUUGUGAAAUCUGAAUCAGUGAUUCCUGACUUUAUUAAAAUUGAGGGUGGUAAGCCGUCAAAGCCUAAAAACUCUAAAGACAUUAAGAAAGAGCAUGUUGCUAAUUUGUUGAGGGAAAAGAAAAUGUCUAAACAAGAGAUUGAGCAGUACUUGAGUGAUAACUUUCCAAGAAAUGCAGCUGGUGAACUUGGCGAAGGCCCUCCUUUGGACAUGAAGGAAUUGAAUAAAACAAUAGAAUCAUUGAAGAAAUCAAUCUACAUGGAAACGUCUUUCCGAGAAUCUCUAGAGAAAAAUCUUUCAUCACUCAAAAAAACGAAAACCGGUACACAGUCUGAGGAGCUGGCAAGCUAUCCUGGUAUCACUAACAAUAAACUAUUGCAACAAUUGAUUCAAGGGAAGAUGCAUCAACAGCAUCAGGUUUUGCAGCAAAUUUCACCGCCAACUGCUCACAGUCACCAUCAAAGACAACAGUCUCAGUCCCCAGCGGUUUUUGGGGGUUCACCGCCCCCUGCGCAUAGUUCCUUGGACCGAAUAGGAUCCCCUCCUCCUCCGACAACAUUUUCUCAAAGUGUUCCUGUAACACAGAGAGUUGGGCCUAAUAUACUAAAAAAUUCACAUUCUUCUUUGGGACAGUCAAAAUCCGGAAGUGGAAGUCAUCAAGUGUGCAAUAUAAAUUCUAGUCAACCAAAGACUAAGGAACAGUUUAAUAUUUUAAGGCCUCCCGGUAGUGCGCAGCAGGAGUGUGCAAAGAUAGCUCAAGAGAUUGCACAAAUGCAUGAGAAGCAGCGAGCAGAUAAGCUCCAAAGAGCUAGGAUUCAAGGAAGAAUUGAUGCUACACAUGCUGUUGUGGCUGCUCAGAGUAACCAAAUAUCUGAUUUACUGAGUCUGACCUACCAGGGCAAUAAGACAGCAUCUAAGACUCCAAGUUCAACUGUUCAGUCUUUACAAUCACCCACAAGUGUUCAAACAGCGAGCAAGUUUAGUGGUAAUCCGGAGUUGCAAGUGAAAAACCAGAAGUAUUGUUUAACCUCAGAGAAAGUGAAGAGUCAGUUAAAAAACAGUGUAAAAAGUAAGGGGAAUGCCUCUAGCUCCAAUCUGUCUUUCAAACCACUUGUGUCCAUGACCAUUCCAAAGGAUAUAAAUGAUCCAAACCUGAAAGGACAACUAGUGAAGAGUGUGAUGGAAAAAGUACAACAGUAUGCAAAAGCGCCUAAAACUCAAGUUGGGGGAAAUCCCGUUCAAACCAUCACCAGCCCUUCUGCUUUGACACCGACCCAGCAAAACCAAGUGCAGUCAUUCAUCUCAGGAAAUUUGCAACCACAGAUCCAAUCUGGUCAACCCCUACAGUAUUCUCAAUCCGGGAAUGGGCCAUUUCAGAUUCAAGCAGUUGAUGAUAACAGUUCUAUGGCGAAUCUGGAAACAUUGGCGAAUGCGACUUUGUCAGUUCUGGGUCAAAAUAAUGGUAACCAGUCUAUGAUGAAUGUUCAAAACCAGUCAAUUCAGCAGCAAAUGGUAUCACCAGUUUUGGACAUUGCCGGUAUGAUAUCAGUUUCACAACAGACAUUGUCACAGCAGCAAGGACAAAUGUUCACCAUGUCACAAGAUGCCGUAACUGGGCAGAUGAUGAUUUCGAACUUAGGAGAUGAUCAAAAACGCCUCAGUCUUGAAAUCCAGCAGCCCAUGGCUCCACAAGACUUGUCAUUAGAACAACUCAUUUUAAAUCAAACCGUUCCACAACAUGCAACAGUUCAACCAUUAACUUCGUUUCAUUCUACAGUUCAUUCUCAGGCUGCUAAGCAGAUUACCUCAACAAACAGUCUAAAUAUGGCAGGUGGUUCAGUGGUUCAAAUUCAGACUAAGCCUCAGAUAUUCCAUACACCAGAAUUGAGUCCAGCUGUGGUCGAACAAAUUCUAAACAGCUUGAAAAAAACUGGCAAACAAGGUUCACAGCAACAGAAGACAAAAUCUUUGCAAAAUCAACAAAUCCCUAAACAAAAGCAACCAAGCCAGCCGGUGCCACUUAAACCUAAGAUCAAUCCAGGAAAAGUGAAAAAUCUAGGAAAUGUUGAAAGUGUACAAGAUGCCACAAAGAAAAUUCUUGAGCUUAGACAGAAAUUUGGUCAUAACGUUUCUUCGCCAUCCGGCGUCGGUCCGGUUCAAAAUGAUGUGCGAACAUCUGGGGGACUGAUACAAAGAUUGAUGGAAGAUGAUGACAUUAAGCCACAAGGAAAUAGUUCAGACCUACGUGCUUUCAUAUUAGGCCAACCCGCGUCUGAUUCAACUGUGGGUGAAAUAGUGGCUGACCUGCCAGAUUUGGGGGCGAAAGAAAUUGAUGCCAUUCUCGGUGACGGUGGUUUGACUUUAGAUCAGAUUGAAGUGAACAGUGAUCGAAGUGCAAUAGCUGGGCAGUCUACUUAUCUUAAUGCUAACAGAAUAGCCAAAGAACGAGAAAAGAAUGCAGAAGAGAAGAUAAACAGGCCUUUUUUCAAGUGUCCAAACUGUAAAUUUUGUUUCGUUUCCAAGGAACAAGUUCAUGCGCAUCAAGUGAAAGAUUGUAAGUACAAGGAAUUCUAUUGUAAGUAUUGCAAUAGAGCGUUCAAAUCAAAAAGUGCAGCUUCGAGCCAUGAAAAGAAUUACUGUACCAUAAGUAAACUUGAGAAUUGUACAAACUGCCAUAUGUUCUUCAAAAAUAAGGCUGAUUUUGAACAGCAUAAGCAAGAAACAAGAUGUGAUGGUGGGCUGCAAAGGGAUGGUCAGGGUACAUCUGUGCAGGGAAACGCUUGUGGAAUUUGUGGAAGAAAGCUUUACUCAUUGGAGGAGAUUAAGAACCAUGUUAAGCAGGGGUGUGUCCGGCAAGGGAGCGCUCCGGUGUCUCAGAUAUUUAAUAUGAAGGCUUACGAGUACACUGUUGUUUACAAAUGCUCUUUCUGUAAACUGAUCAGCUCAAACGAGAAAGCUAUGGUCAACCAUAUAAAGGCGUGUGGGAAAAGUGUUGCUUUUAGUCCAAGUCCAGCUGCUUUACUGAGGAUGUAUAGAUGUAGUAUGUGCUCUGAAAUGUUUUCCGAUAAGGAUACAACAUAUCGGCAUGUUUCGAAGCAGUGUCCUAAGUUGAAAGUCACAAUGGGCCAAAGGCAUGCACAGGAGGUUUACGACAAGCUGCAUGGAAAGAACAAUGCUAAAUCACCAGCAAGCACGAGUCCAGUUGGGAGCACUACAACUACAGUAAGUCAGAGUAGCCAGCCGAAAAAGAUUGCAGAAAAGGUUCCAAAGACUGUUUCAGAAAUUCUCAAGGAGAAAAUGAAGCAAUUGCAAGUAAAUCAGAAAUUAACUGGGCCGGAGACGCAGGCAAAUGCCAAAUCAUCUGGAUUAGAUUUAGCAGCAAAAAAACCCAUAAAGAAGGAACCAAUUGAAGAAGAAAUUGUGCAGGAGGUACAAAAAGCAAGGGAACCUGCACAGAAAUCAGUAGCUGAAAAUAGUAAUACAUCUAAGCCCAUUGAAGCUGGUCCACAACGAGAAAAGGUUCCAACACCAAGAUGGAAGGAAGUGAAAGUUGAAGUUCAGAAUGACCAUGUUAGUAGUACUCAAGUUAAUAGACAGAGCAAUAAUAAAGGUGUGACAACACUUGAAAAGACAGUUCCUGAGAAAUCAAGUCUGGAGCAACAGGGAAACAAAACUUCUGCAAUAAACACUAGUGUUAAACAAGAAAUAGGUACUACAGAAAUGAAAAGCACUGCAAUUGAAAUUCCUACUGUUAAAAAAGCUAUUGUCAAGCAAGAAAAGCCAACUAAAAGGCCUGAAAGCACAAAUGAAAUUGUAGUUGCUUUACCUUCGGAUAACAGUAUGCAAAUCAGACAGGAGGCGGUAAGCAAUGAUAAAAAGGAAUUUGAUGAGAUUUUACAAAAAAGUGCAGCUCAGAAGGAAAUCAAAAUGUCAGCACAAACUCAGUAUUGGCAGGAAUUCAAUGCAAUAGAGAAGAGAAAAAGAGAAGAAAAAGAAAAGGAAAAAGAAAAGAAACAAGAGCUUGAAAGAGCAAAAGCUUUAGCUGAGAAGUAUGUUACAGAGAAACAAGCUUCAGAUUAUAAGGCAAGAGAGGCUCAAAAAGUAGGUGAGACUAAGGGUGUUGAGAGAAGGAAAACAGUAAGAGAGCCUAAGGACAUUACUACGGUGAAACGUAUACCAUCCCAAGAAGAGACAGCAGAAGAAGAGAAGAUAAGAAGGUUUAAAGAAAAUAAAGAGAAGAGUGUUAGUCAGAUAUUAGGAAACUUGGAUAAGUUUAAACAAAAGAGAGUUGAACAGGAAAAGGUGGAAAGAGAAAAAGUGGAAUUGGAAGCAAGAAAGCAGAGAGAGAGGGAAAGGGCUGAAUUAGAAGUUAAAAGACUGAAAGUGAAAGCUGAACUAGAAGCUAAGAGGCUUCAAGCGAAAGCUGAACUGGAAGAAAAAAGACUUAAAGCAAAAGCUGAAGUAGAAGCCAGAAAACAGAGAGCUGAAGUGGAAGCUAGGAAACAGAGAGCUGAAGUAGAAGCUAGGAAACAGAGAGCUGAAGUAGAAGCUAGGAAACAAAAGAACCAGGAAGAUAGGGAUGCCUCGAUGAAGAAAUCUGAAAGAAAUGAAGAAAUAGAGACCAAGUCAAAUAAAGUAGCCAUUCUUCGGAAACGUGUGAUAAAUCUGAAAAAGGAAAUGAGCCAAAGCGUGCAAGUGAAUUUGAGAAAGAGACAUGUUGUGAACUCUAGACGAAAAGUUCAUCCUUUUGUAAGGCCAUCAUGUCAUUUAAGAAGAUCUCAACAAGGAUUGAGCAGUUUAAGAGCCCUUAGGGCUACUAGGCUGAUCAAGAAAAGGAAGUUCUUUGAUGAAAUGGAACCAGUCGCAAAACAAAAAAAUGAGAAAACUGUGAAACAACCUUUGACAAAAACUGUGAAAGAAAGUAGCAGUGAAUCUGAAAGUGAACCAGAAUUGGACUGGAGACCAAUUGAUAUAGUAAAAUGUAAAUACUGUGAUUAUGAAAAACCUGAGUCCCGGAAUUAUGAUGAUUUUUACAUCUUAAAUCAUUACAUUUACCAGCAUAAUGUGGGCUAUAAGUUGAAUAGACAUAAAUAUGUCUGCAGGUUUUGUAAUUACAAAGUUCGUUCAAGUCAAACAAGGGUGUUUAAACUCCACGUUUUGAAAGCACAUCAAAGACAGUUCUUGAAAAGCAUUGCCCAUGGAAAGUUUGACAAAGACUAUGAAAAUGUCGUUUUAGUUAAGCGUUCACCAAUUAAGUCUAGUGAUCAUCUUAAGCUGAGUGUUACAAGAUCAAGAAUUCAAGCAGAGAAGUUGAAAAGACAUCAGACAUCUAUGGCUUUGAAGGAGGCUAUUGCUGUAAAGCUUAGAAAAUUGGCUGAAGAAAGAAAACACUUUACAGAACUAAACUUACAAGAAUUUGAGGAACACCUAUGUAAAACUGAAGAAGAAAGUGAAAAGAAAGAUGCUGUGAACACCAGUCAGAGUUCAACAAAAAGCACACCAGUUUUAUUCGUUGGUAGUACACCUGAUGCCGCAAAAACCAACAGUGAUGAAAACGAAGAUAUUACUCCAAGAACCAGAAGACUGGCCAAAAGACUAACAAGGAACAUGGUCAGAAAUAUACAUUCUAGCAAACUACAUCCAUCUGCUAGUCCAUUGACAACACAGAGUGAAAUUUCUGAAUCAGAUUUGUCUUUAGAAGUAUUGUCACACGGCCGUUCUAGGUCUAGUUCGAUAAGUAGUAGCAAGUCGACAAUUUCAAAUUUCAGCAAAUCAUUGUUUGGUAAACCAAGUGUUCCAAAGAAAGUAAGUAAUAAAGAGGAUGGUGACAGUUUGGAAAUAAUGACCACAAGAAGUGGAAGAAAAAUAAAGAAGAUGGAUUUAGAAUCUCAAUAUACAACAGAGUCUUCAGGAUUUGGAACUGAUGAUGAAUCUGAUAACGAGACAGAAAGCCCUGUUCCAAGGAGAAGAUCAGUAAGAAAUAGGAGACUGUCUGACAAGUUGAAUAAAGAUAGUUCUGAUGGAAGUGAUGAUGAAGAAGAAGUUAAACCUCAAGAGCUGAGAAAGUCAACAAGGAUAAGGAGAAUGUCUGAUAGAAGCCAAGCAGUACAAGAAAAUAGCUCUGAUGAAUCAGAAUCGGAUGAAGAGAUUACACCAAGAGUUACCAGAGCAGCUUUGUCUAAGCUUAAAGCUGAAGAAGAGGGAGAGAAAGAGAAUGAUGAUGAAGUUGAAAAUGAAGGAGUAGAACAGAAAUUUAAGAAGAAAUUUGUAGAGCCUGAACAGCCAGAAAGAAGUAGGAGCAGACCGAAGAGAAGAAUAAGAAGUGAAGCAGAUAAAGAGGAAAAUGAUCAUUAUGAUUCAGACACAGAAAGUAAUGCUGCAGAAACUGACGAAAGUGAAAGAAAAUAUAUACUUCGAAAAAGAAAAGUGAAAUUAGUUAUUGAAUCAGAAAACACUGAGGAAGAUGAUGAAUCUAGUAUUGGGUUUCAAGCAAAAGAUGAAGUAAAGAAGGAAAAUGAGGAUAAUUCCAUAGAAGACAAAACUGGAAAGCCAUCAAUUAAUGCUGUGAUGAUUGGACCUGAAGAUGAGCUUGAGGAAUUGACUGUGUUGGAUAAUGUGAUUCCAUCUAACUUUGUAGAGCCUAAAAAGCCAACCUUAAGUGUUAUGCUUGAUCCAGAUGAAGAAUUUGGGGAUCUCAUGAACACUGCUUAUGAAAUAACGGCAAACUCUGUACAGAUAGAGCAAAGUGAUAAACUGGCGACAGAAGAAAAGCAACCUGAGAGAAAUGUUUCAGUAAAAGAAAAACUGGUAGAACCUGUUGCUACCAUUAUGGAUGAUGAUAGUGAAUUUGAGUUUCUUAAAGCUGACAUGACAGAUUUGUUACAGAACAAUACUGAAGAGACUAAACUCUCAAUGGAAGAUGCAGUGAACCAUGAACAUGACAUAGAGACAAAUGCUCAUAUCGAUGAACAAGAAAAGAUCACAGAGAGCAAAGUAAAAACUGUUGAAAUAAAUAAGAUAGUUAAAGAAGGAAGUCCAACAGUAGAUUUCUUCGAAGUCCCAAUCCUACCUCCAAGACCAACUGAGUUAACAGUAAAUCAAAAGAAUAAAGAUUUAGGUAGAAAGAUGGAAACAUUACCAAUUUUCAUCAGUGAAACUUCACCAGCAAAGAGCUAUGCAAGUGCAUUUAAGAAAUUUUCAAACAAAAAUGCUUACAUACCAGUAGUCAGGUUAAAGAAACUGGAAAGUCCAGAUAUCCCGGAAAAUAGAAUGAACAAGGAAAAAAUAACAGAAGAUUUGUUUGAAAAAUACAACUUAACAAAAUGCUCAAUCAGGAUACGCAGACUUUCUAAAGAGGAAAUUGGUGGCAAAAUGAGAAGGAAAAGGUUGGAUAUUGAGAAAGAAUCUGACAUUAAUGAUGAUGUUAUAAUCAUUGAAGACAGUGAUUCUGAGAGUGAAUCUACCAACAAUGAGAAUGACACAAGUAUGGACAUAGACAAAGAAGAAUCAAAUCUGAAUGAAAACAUUAAAGACAUUGAAGUAAUUAUAAAUGAAAUUACAAAUGAAGCAUUAAUUUCUAAGAUCAUAAGCGAAGCUGUGAAUGAUAUAGAAAAAGAAGAUAGCAGAGAUAGUUGUGUUGAAGUAGUUUUGGAAGAAGCUGAUAGUAGUGGAGACAAUGUUGUAGCAGUGAAUGCAAAAUUGGAAACAAGCACAGAGGAGGAAGAUGAUGAGUCUAAAAAUGAUUCAAAUAAUGUUAUAAUACUCAUAGAUGGAGAUAGCAACAAUGCAGAUGAUGUCACAAACAAUCAGCUUAAUGCAGAGAAAGAGGAAACAAAACAAGACUUCAUGAAAAAGAUUGAACAAAGUCACCAAGUGUUCAACAAAGAAGAUAAGACUGAAAUCGAUAUUGUUGAAAAUGUUAAAAGUGGAGCAGAUUUAUUUGAUAAACAAGAAAAUGCAAAAAAGGCUUACAUUCCACGCAUCAGCUACAAAGAUGAACAGAUUGAACCAGAAGCAAGUCAGUUUAAAUUAAGUGAGCAGUCAGUAAAUAAAACUACUUCUGGUGCUGAGUUGAAUGAUUUAUCUGAGAUUAAUGCUGAAGAAGGAAACAGAAAGCCCCAUGAUAUGAAUGAUGACAAAUACCUAGACACUGGAGGAAAGAUAAACACAGUCUCUCAGGCAAUUGAAAGUACAAGGGACAUUGUGAGAUCAAAUAUUUCUGUAACUGACAAAAAUGACUCUGGUACAAACACAAAAUUAUUAGUAUCAAGUGAGCAUGGGAAAGGUGAAACUGAAUUUGAUUUAGAGGAAGAAAGUACAAGUCAUCAAGUUAUGCCUAUUGAAGAAGAAGCCCAAAUAUCAAAUGAACUGAAUGGUACAGAAAGCAACAGAAGCCAAGCUAUUGGAACGAUCAAUGACAUUUUGCACCUAGAUAAGCCUGUUGUAGAAAGAAAUGUCCCUAAAUCAGAUCCCAUUGCAGACAUAUCAAAAUCAAAUGAAUAUGACACUUCCAAAGGUGCUGACAUGAAAGACAUUGCUGAGAUACAUGUUGAUGAAGAGAAAAAUAUGCCUAUUGAAGAAUGCCCAGAAACAGCAGAAGAAACAGACAGUAAUUUCAUCCGCAAUGAAAAGCCAGAGAUUGAAAAGACAAAAGAAACUAUAAAUUCAAACAUUUUUUUUACAGACAAAGAAAGCUCUACCAAAGUUUCUCUUGAAGAGAUGAUGCAGUCAAAUGAAAAUGAUGUAGAAGAAACCAAAUUAGUUCCUGAUGAAGGUUAUGUAGAACUUACUGAGGGUGAGAAUAGAAAAAUAGACAUUAUGACUGAAAGCAAAGAAAAUCAGAAGAUGGAAUUAAAAGGGGACUCAGAUAUUCUUGUCCAGGAUGAAAAGGAGUCUGUCUCAAGCCCAAUUCCAUGUGCUUUAGCUGAGGUACUGCUGGAAGAAGUUUCCGAGACAUUUCAUGAAGAUAACAUAACAGAAAUACUUCCAGGAGAUAACAUUUUGGAAAAUGCUGAUGAUUCAUCUAGGAUGAAUAUACUGGACAGCACUAAAAAGAUACAAACGUCAACUGCUUCAUUCCAUGAAACCAUUCAGAAUGAAGAUAAAUUGAAAUUAAAUGACCAAGAAGAUGUUUCAGUGAAUCUAGAUGUCAAUGACCAGUUAAAACUUAGAGAUGAAAGAAAAAGUGAAGAUGAUAUCAAUCAGAAUCAACUUGAUUUAUGUGAGUUUGUUGAGACAAUCAUUGAUGAGGUUAUAGGUAAGGCUCCACUUGAAAUAGUUGAUGAAGUGGCAUUUAAAGAUGCAACUGGAAAUAUUGUUCUUGCCUAUCAAAGCCCUGCUAAAGAUAUCAAGAUAAUGACCACAACUUCAAGGUUUUCUCCACUGAAACAAAACUUGUUUGAAAUGGCUGAUGAGGGACAGAAAGAGAUCAAUACUUCAAUCAAUGAUGCACAAAAGCUGCCCAAUGACUUGAUAGAUAUUGUCGAACUUCAAGCUGAACAGAACAGAAUUUCAAAAGAAUCACAUGAAGAAUAUGAUUCGAAACAUGAUACAGCGUGUCCAGAAAUACUACCUGAAAGUGGUGAUCCUGAAAAGACUUAUAAUGAAGAAAGUACAGACAUCGAUAACUUGAUGGAAAAUGAACCAGUUGAUAACACAGAAGACAUUCAAGCUCACAAUGAUGUCCUGACAAAUGAUGAACAAAAUGACAAUUAUUUUACUCAACCAGCUAUAGAAAAUAAGACUGAAUAUGAAGAAAUGGAUGCGCUUGAAGAAGAUUCCGGUCAUGAUGACACAAAUACUGAAACUGUGUCUGGAAAUUUGAGAGAACAUACAGCAGGAGCUCUAUCAAAUGUUAUUGAAGAAGAAAAGUCUGGAAAGGAAUUGUCUUCCAAAAUACAAGAUCUGGAAAAUGUUCAAUUGACUGAGCCUGAGCUGAAGAGGAAUCUUGAAAAUGUAGCAGGAGCUUUAACUAUCUCAUCAUCACUUCUUUUUUUGCAAUCAUAUGAAUCUGAUAGUGAUGUAGAUUCAGAAGAGAUUUGUGAUACAGUCAAUACUAAUAAAGACAAAACUGAUGAAAAAAUUGCUGAAGAUGUUGGCAAAUCUUCUACGAUUGACAUGAAGGAUAGUGAAACAGACGCCAACCUAAGUUCUAGUAAUAAUUUAUUUGAUAAUAAAACAUCAAACAUAACCAGCAGUAUUCUGGCAGGCAGUGAAAGUAAAAAUCUACCAAGCAUUGAGAUCUGUACAAAAGUAACUACUGCUGAUAAAGGAAAGAGUCUUGAAGAUUAUAGUCCAUCAGGCAACAUUGAACGAUCAGAGGAGUUGAACACAACAACUGACUCAAGCAUAUCAGAGUAUACUAGUGAACCAUGUGUUGAUGAUUUUGACACAACAAUUGACCCUGGCAAAUCAGAGAAUACUAAAGAAAGAAAUGAUAUUGAAGACAAUGAACAAGUUGAAGACAAUGCUAAUCAGCUGCCAAAUACAUCCUAUGAUGAAAUAAGUAAACAGUUCCAAGACUUUUCAAAUGAAAUUACUAAUGUGACAACCACUAAUGUAAAUCAGGAAGAAAAUACUACUGAAGUUGUUGAAACUAAUGAAGAAUUUCAUGAUACAACUUGUAAAAAUAAUGAAAUGAAAAUCUUUGAUGAAGGGAAGAAAGACAUUGUUGCAAAUGAUGCGAUUUUCAGGGAAAACUCUGACAUUAAUGUUGAUACGGACCAAGAUGAAUUUAAAAAUCAGAGUUCCAAUGAAGUUCUUCAUGCAAAUUCAGAUUAUCCUUUUACAUCAGGAAAGGAAGACGACCAUGUUGAAGUGCCUUUAAGCUCAGAUGAAGGCAGAAUUCUGGAAUCUGAAUAUUAUAGUAGUGAAAAUAAAAGAAUAUCAGAGGAUGAUGAUGAUGCAGAAGCUGUAGAUGAUGAAGCAAGUAAAGAUCAAGUGAACAAAGAAGAACCUUUCAACAAUGAAAGUAAACAUAAUAGUGAUACAAAUAAAGGAACAUCUGAAGUUAUUGAUGUUGCUGAAGCUGUGGGUGAGGAAGCGAGUAAAGAUCAAUUAAACAUAGAAAAACCUUUGAGCAAUGAAAUUUGUGAAGAAACAGAACAUGUCCCAACAGAAGAGAGUUUUGUUGCUCAGAAUUUUGAUACCAUUUAUUCAACUGUCACUGCUCCAAGCCAGGUUUUGGUAAAGGCAAAUAAGGAACAUUUUACUGUGGAAAGCAAUUCUUAUUCAUCUAAACCUGAAAGUGAAGAGUUUGUUUCACUGCAACGAUCUACUGAUAUGUAUAGAGAAGAAAAAGAACAUGCUGAACAAAUUGCAGAAAGCUUAAGUCCUGAGUAUGAAAUGCCAUCUGAAAUCACAUCAGAGAUACCAGCUAAAAUCACAGCAGAGCUACCAGCUGUAGUUUCAGCAGUUAUACCAACCAAAGUCACAGAAGAGAUAUCAAAAGAAAUCACAGAAGAGAGAUCAACUGCAGUGGUAUCAGAGAUAAUUGAAGUCACAGAAGAUAUACCAGCAGUAGUUAUAGAAGAGAUAUUAACUACAGUUGCAGAAGAGAUAUUAACUGCAGUCACAAUAUAUAUAUUAGCUGAAGUCACAGAAGAUGUACUAACUGCAGUUACAGCAGAUACACCAGCUGAAGUCACAGAAAAGAUAUCCAUUACUUCCACAAAAGAAAUAUCAACUGAAGUAACAGAAGAUAUAUCAACAGCAGUCACAACAGAUACAGCAACUGAAGUAACAGAAGAUUUACCAACAAAAGUCACAGAAGAGGUAUCAGAAGAGAUAUCAACUGAAGUAAAAGCAGACGUACCAACUGAAAUCACGGAAGAUUUAUCAACUGAAGUCACUGAAGAGGUACCAACUACAUUCACAGUCGAAAAUAUUGAUUAUAAACAGCCAGAAUUUGUUGCAGAAAUUAGAAGAAAUGAAUCUGAAUCAGACUUGAGCCUCAUCUCAGAAACAUGUGAUGAAAUAAUUGAAGGUCUUGAUGCUGAAGAAGUUGCAGUUGAAAAUAUUGAAGAUAGAGUUGUAAAUGUUGGAGAUAUAACAUUACAGCAACCUUCUAAAAAGUUUGAUAAUCUGAAAGAAGAAAAAGUGCUACAUGAACAUAAUGCAGUGAACGUAAAUCCUGUACAUUCAAUUCCAACCAUCACAGUAGAUAAUGGUGCUAGUAUUGGGUCAGAUAUUGCUAAAGACCUUGACAGAAAUAUUCAGCCAGUAAUUGAUGAAAAACAUGAUUCUGAAUCAGACAUAAGCUUUAUCUCGGAAACAUGUGAUGAUGUGAUUGGGGAUUUUGAUACAGAAAACAUUGCAGUUUGUAUUAAAGGUACUGAAAAUAUUGCAGAUAAAAAUGACAGUAAUGACUUUGCUGAUCAAGAGUUUACAACAUUGUUUGAAGAAAGGGGUGAAAAGAAACUUGAUUCAAGUUCUGAAUUUGCUCAUGAAGAAAUCAUUCCUGAUGACUCUAUUCUUCAAAAUAUUGAGCCCAUUGAUGAUACUGGGGUGGGGAGCUAUGAAUACUUACAGGAAAAGGAUGAAACAAGUCAGGAACAUAUGUCAGCAAAUGAUCAUUUGAAACAUGCCGGAAACAGUGGUGAAAUACAAAGAUUAGACACUCAGGCUAAAAUAAUUGUAAUAAGAGAAGCGACUUUGAAUGAGAAUAUUCAUCAGUCGGAUGAGAUUUUAGCGGAAUCUCAAAUCCAAGACACAAGUGAAAAUUUCAUUGCAAAAAUAAAUGAACGAAUGGAAGAGCAGUGUAAGUCAAAUAAGAACCAAUUCAAACCUGAAGUCAGCACAGUAAGGGAUGAUACCUCAUUUAAGCCUACAAAAGUCAAAGAUCCUGACACAGAAAUCAAAGAUAUUGACUCUGAAAUCAAAGACCAUUUCCAAGGUGCCCGAGAUACCAUUGAAGAACACUUUUUUGACAUGAAUGAUAACAAUAGCAUUUUUGUUGAUUAUGUUGACAUACCUAUUUCUGAAACAGUUGAAAUUGUAACUGAUGAGCAGUCGGUUGAUACUGAGGAGAUUGAUUUAGAUAAUGUUGAUUCAAAGCAAGCCAAAAAAAUUCAUAGUCGAGAUAAAAAGGAAAAUAGCCAAUUAGAUACUGGAAACACUCCUAGUUCAGCCAGGAAUGAUCAUAGUUAUGAAAGGUCAGGAGGUAACAAAGGUGGUAAGAAACAGACCAAAUUUUUUGCAGAUGUAAGGCCAAGCAAGUCGGAUGAAGAUAUUCAUGUCAGAAUACUUGAAACAGAAGAGGUUGAAGAAGAAAGAAAAAGAAUAGAAUAUCUUGCAGCAGAUGUAGAAAAAGGUGUCAAAAAGUCGCAAAAAAACAGAUCUGUUAAGAAAGUAGCCAGGAAGAAAGCAACGAACACUCUGUUGCAACAGAAUGUAACAUUUGAGUAUGUUGGAAAAUUUGCAUUUCAAAAUCCAACUGUUCUUCAAAAUCCAAAGUUUCAGCUAUGUACAGAUCUGAUUUUGUCAUCAAGGGCAAAUGAAAAUAGUGCAGAGAAAAGUGUAAAUAAUGAUAGAAUUCGAAUUAAAACUGAACCUAGUGCUUUGCCUAUAAAUCCAAUUAAAACUGAACCUAGCAAUUUGCCUGCUCAAACAUCAGGCUUGCAAAGAACUGUCGACAAAUUAAGAGAAGCAAUUAUAAGAAGGUCUCUAAGUCCAGAAGGUAUUCACCCAGGACCAUUGCCCCAUGCUAGAAGUCGGGACACACCAGUCAGAUUGGUUAUGGUACCAAAUACUAGUAAACAGAAAGUGGGGAUAGUACAAACAACUAACAUUAGUAACAAACGUUUGGAAACGCCACCAGACUGUCUUGCUGACAAAAAUCUUGCCUUGGGUGCAAAUGUUGAGAUUGUUCAAGGUGAGAAAGCAAAAAAAAGCCCAGCUGUAGUUGAUGAACUACCUCCUGAAAUCAAAAUGGAAAAUGAGACCGAUGAUGAAUUUAAGAAAAGAAUAGAAAAUGUAAGGAACGCACGUAGAAAGUCAGGCAAAUCAUAUGAGUUUGACUUCAAUUUUGAUAGCAAUGCUUCUGUCGAACAACAACCACAUCAGAAUGUCCAUGUUGAGCCAGAAAUCAAUUUAGACAACUUUGAUGCGGCUAGUUUGUAUAGUGAUACUUCCAAAAAGCCUGUUCCAGAUAAUAAACCCAAGGUGAUUAAAGUGAUAAUUCCAGCUAGUAGAGGAAGAGAUAGAACAAAGAUCAUUCAAGUGACAAAUGCCCUACCUGCUGGAGUUAACAAAGCUAUAAAGAUAAGACCACCUGCCGGCAGUGUGCCCCCUGAAGCAGUUGCGAAACUAUUUACUUCUCCUCCGGGAUCUGUUGCUGUGAGAAAUUCCCAAUCACACUUGAUAUCUUCCCCGAUAAAUGUGCCGAUCACUUCACCACAGAGGGCAACAGUUUCAAAUAUGGCUCUUCAACUUGCUAAACCAAGAACCAAAAAAUCUGAACAUGUGAAAAUGAAAUAUUACAAAGGUUCAUUCAAAUCAGUUUCUAAUAGUGGUAUGCCUGUAUCUGCUGGAAAUAUGGUGUCCAGUCAAAACAAGACAAUCAAUGUAAGAAAUAGAAAUAUUUUGCCAGUGGCCACAAGACCUAGAGCUAAAAUAAUUGCUAUACCUGCAGUAAGAAAUUUCAGCAUGCAAAAAGGAAUCAACAGGUCAGAACUUAAACUAGAAGGAAAGAAGGAAACUGCAAACAAACGUGAUGAUAAAGAAACUGAGAAACUAGAUGGAAAGAAAGAAACUGCUAACAAACAUGAUGGUAAACAGACUAAGAAACUAGAUGGCAAAAAAGAAACUGCUCACAAACGUGAUGAUAAAGAGACAAAGAAAGUUGUGGCAGAGAAUGGUCAAAAGAAGAACAUACCUGAGGAACACAAAAAUGAUACCCCAAGUUUGUCGGAGAAAGAGAAAGAUACAAAUGAAACUGAAAGAGAUGACAGUGUGUCAGAUACAGAGUCACUUGGAAAAAAGGUCAAGACAUUCAGGAAAAUGCAUCAAGCUAAUAAACCAUUUAAAUGGGAAUCUAGUCCACUUAGAGAUCUAAGAUCAAGAAGCAAAUCGAUGGAGAAAGAUGCUAAGCUUUUAGGUGAAGCAAAGAAAAUUGCUAACCAUAAAGAUGAGACCACUGAAAAGAGAGAAAGUAAGAAAGUUCAAUCUGCAGAUGCAAAAUUGAAUCAAAAUUUAAAAAUUGACCAGCCAGCAACGCCAAGAACAAGAAAAACAUCUGGAAAAGAAUCUUCAAAUAAUCAAAAUGAAGGUCAAAUACUUGACCCAGAUGAUGUUGAGCCGACGAUUGUUGUUGAGAAGAGGAGAACAAGAUCAGCAAGUGGACAAGGUGAUCAAUUAGAGGAACCAAAUGCGAAAAGGUUGAGACGAUCUAGCAAAGAUCUUGGUGCCAAAGGUUUGAAGCAAAAUGUUAAAGAAAGCAAUGAGCAAAAAUCAAAGAUGGAAAAGCAGGUUAAAGAGGCGAGUGUAAGCCAGAAAAACAAGGCUGAGAGUAAGUCUAUAGAUUCAAGAGCAGCUAAAAGAGGUAAAGUUGUAGAAAAACCUGUCAAAGGAAGAACUAUUAGUAAUUGUCGAACAAGAAUUACUAGUCAUACAAGUCCAAAAAUCAUUGAAACAGGUAGAAGUAGAAACAAGUCAAUCGAAAAAGAAGUGAGCAAAACUGAAGGUAGCAGAAAGUCCAGCAGAAACUUGUCAGAAGAGAUUGUUUCACCAGAAGUUGCAGAGAGAAAGAGUAGGCUAAGAGUUCGAGGUGAACAGAAUAAAUUGUUUGUUGGUGCUAGUACUGAUAGAGGUGGAAGUGAGAAGAGCCAAGUGGAAAGUGUGAUUGCUAAUACUGAUAGAGGUGGAAGUGAGAAGAGCCAAGUGGAAAGUGUGAUUGCCAAUACUGAUAGAGGUGGAAGUGAGAAGGGCCAAGUGGAAAGUGUGAUUGCUAAUACGGAAAAAGGUGGAAGUGUAAAGGGUCAAGUGGAAAGUGUGAUUGCUAAUACGGAUAAAGGUGGAAGUGAGAAGGGUCAAGUGGAAAGGGUGAUUGCUAAUACUGAUAGAGGUGGAAGUGAUAACAGCCAAGUGGAAAAUGUGAUUGCUAAUACUGAUAGAGGUGGAAGUGAGGGUGAAAGUGAGAAGGGUCAAGUAGAAAGUGUGAUAGAUGAACUAAUAGACCAAGUUUCAGUGCAUGAUAAGACUGAAAGCAAAGAAGUUGAAUCACCAGUUAUUGAAGACCCUGAUUCAGAUAACAGUCAAAUAGAUAUUAUUGCAGAAGUGAAGCGUAGAGUUCAGGAUAAAGUUGUUAAUAAAAGUAAGGUUAUACAAAGUAGACCUGAACAGGAAUCGCCCGAAAAAGAGAAGCACACUUUGAAAAGGAAGAUCACAGCUCUUGAUGAAAUGGUUGAUCUUGAGCCAAAGUUAGAUGGAACAACAUCAGCGAAACUUCAAAAAUUAGAUGGAACAUCAAGCAGUCCAAAUAAGAUGGAUACGGAUGAUAAACACAGUGAGAUGUCUAAUGAUAGUGAUUCACCAUCAGCUGGUAGUUCAACUCUUGAUGGCGAGCAGGAACUAAGUGAAGCUGAAACGACAAAGCCCAAAGUUGUACGACAGUUGAUCCAUGGAGGUAAAGUUUUCCAGAUCCAGAAAGGCCUCGUUACAGAAUUUGACAUUCAGGAACCUAGGAAAUUAACUAAUUCAUCACCCGAACUUAGUCCGGAAUCAAGUCCAAGUUCUUCUGAAACUUCAAGUUCAUUUGGAACUAAUGUUUUAACAACAAGUACUGGUUUGAAAACAACAACGGUAUCCAGUAUGACUACAAGACGUCAGGAAACCAGAACUGAUGUUAUCCAUACAAGAAAUACACCAGUGCGUCUUAGGGGUAAUAGAAGAGGUAAGGGGGAUUCGCCAGAGGAUAUUGUGACUGCAAAUUAUUCUCCAAUAAAGGGUCCGAAUAAAAGGACUGCCAUUGACUCGUAUAUCAGUGAUACUCUCAAGAGCAUGAGAAAAGAUGGAGGUCGUUCUUCUCAGGAGACGCGUCAAAAAUCUAGUUGGAAGAUGACGAAAACACGGAACUCAUUCUUAAUGGAGUUUAAGAAAUCUACUCCUAAGUAGAUAUUUGGGCAAACAUUUUUGUUGAGUCGUGCUUUUUGUGUCAAUAUUUUAAAGUUAAUUUAAUGUGUUUCAAAUAAAAAUAAAAUAAAAGAAAUCUAAGUAGAUAUUUUGGUUGCAUGAAACUUUUUAAGACGGUGUCAAUGUUUUAACUUAAGUUUAAGAAAACUAAGUGUGUAAUUUUUUCAUUUUUUGGUUUAAAUUUGCAGUAGCUUUCUGAUUUUAUGACAACAUUUUUACUUGGGUUUGCCAUUGUUGAAGGCAUAUUUGCAUGAAUUAUGUAAAUUUAAAGCAUGCAAAGUUAAGCAAGUUCUGCAGAACACAAUGUAUUAGGGAAAUAAUGGGCCGAUCGUUCAGAAUAAAAAAAAUAAAUAAGUACAGCUGAAGAAGUUGUCUCAAAUCUUAUUAGAAAAACUGCAGAUCAAAUUUAUAUUCAUUAAACUUCCAGAGCAGAAUUUUUACAAGUUAACAACGUUGAUGUUAACAACAUUGUUAACUAUAACAAAGAUCUAAACAAUCCACCCAUUGCCCUCCAAAUGUAAUAAAAAACCCACUUGUUAUGGUUUGCACCCACAUAUUUAACUUGAAAUGUUACAUAGAAUAUGUUCUUUGUUUUUGAGCUUGUUUAGUUUUAGUAUUUAUUUAAUAAUUUAAUUUGCAUUAAAAUGAAUUUCCUGAUAAAGUGCACUAUACUGAAUUGUCUGAUAAAAGUACACUAUUCUGACUUGCAUGAUAAUUUUAAGUACACUAUACAGACUUGCCUGAUAAUUUGAAGUACACUAUACUGACUUGCCUGAUAAUUUUAAGUACACUACACUGACUUGCCUGAUAAUUUAAAGUACACUAUACUGACUUGCCUGAUAAUUUAAAGGACACUUAACUGACUUGCCUGAUAAUUUAAAGUACACUAUACUGACUUGCCUGAUAAUUUGAAGUACACUAUACUGACUUGCCUGAUAAUUUAAAGUACACUUAACUGACUUGCCUGAUAAUUUAAAGUACACUAUACUGACUUGCCUGAUAAUUUGAAGUACACUAAACUGACUUGCCUGAUAAUUUAAAGUACACUAUACUGACUUGCCUGAUACUUUGAAGUACACUAUACUGACUUGCCUGAUAAUUUGAAGUACACUAAACUGACUUGCCUGAUAAUUUAAAGUACACUAUACUGACUUGCCUGAUACUUUGAAGUACACUUAUCUGACUUGUCUGAUAAUUUAAAAAACACUAUACUGACCUUUCUGAAUUAAUGAGGUUUUAAUUCUUUGUAGUUUUAUUUCAAAUGCAAAUCUGCCUUUUAAAUGACUGAUUGAUUAUUGAUUUAGAAAAUUCACAAGAGUAUUACAAAUGGAAGAUUGUACAUGUGUAUUCUAUUGUGAACUUUUUGACUGAUUGUUUAACCUUUCAAGUAUUAUUUGCAAUAUCUGUUGAUGUAUUGUAUCCAUAAUUAUGUUUUUGUCAAUUGUAAUUUUCAUAUGUGCUGGUUGUUUAAAAUAAUUGUUUUAUUAAAUAACUCUCAACAAGUUUUAUAAAUGGAACAAUGAAUGGUUCAAAUUAUGUACCGUACUUAUAGUAAUGUAUAAUUGAAAAAAUGUUCUUUAUAGCGCGGUUCAAAUUAUGUACCGUAUUUACGGUAAUGUAUGGUUUAUUUACCAUAUUUAUGGUAAUGUAUGGGUGAAGAAAUAACCCUGUUCUAUAUAGCGCCGACUGCCAUUUUUACAGCAUUCUUAAAACUAUUAUUUGGGUAUCCGAUGUACAUAAUAUGCUCGUCAUUUUAUUCAGUCAUUUGCAAUAUUGUUAAACUUUGAUGCCUGAAGACACCUUGCAAUCUUGGUAUUUUUUGAAAGAGUUUUGCUAACUUGCUACUAUAAAAGCCUGCAAAUACGAUACAGAUCAUGUUGUCUCAGUUUUUUUUUCUUUAUUUCAGUUGAUAUCGGACGUAAAAUUACUAAUUUUGAAAUCUGGUGACAACUUGUAAUUUUUGUAUAUUUGAAAGAGUGUUUCUACCUUAAUACUUACAUGUAAAAUACAUUACUUGCAAAUACGAUACAGAUGACGAUAUCGCAGUAUUUUAUUUUCUUUAUUUCAACUAUUAUCGGAUGUAAAAUGACUAAUAUUGCAAUUUUUCAAGGCUAACAAAAUGUUGAUACAUAUUUUUCAGUAAAUACUUUACAAAGUGCAUGCAAUUCAAAUGAUACUGAUUCUAUCAGACUAUGCCUUAUUUAAAACUAGUUAUGUAUGUGUUGAUUUUCACUUUAUGAGAAAAAUAAAUGAGAACAAAAAUAACGUAGGUGUCACCAAGCGUCAGAAGUUUUCAUUUUUGUUCAUGUGAUACCUUAAGUAAAUAAUGAAUUAAACUGUGCUGAUUUUGUCACAAGUGUUUACUCGAUUCUUGUAAAUUUGUAAAUAUUUCAUAUCAUUUAAUCUGUAUAUAAAUUUUUUCAUGUUCCAUACCCUGUAAUAAAUAUGUGUCUUUAAA